GUCACGCAAGCCCCGAAGAAAAACCACAUUAUUCUUUUAUUGUCUGAAUCUCUCUAUGAGUGUAGUGCUGGAAACAAACUACGAUAUCUGUUUCCUCGUUUCAUAAUUGAUAUGCUUUCAUAGAUUCGUAUACUCUUGGCAUUACUAGUCCACAUUUGAGGUCUCUCUACUCCCUCUGUUCCAACUUCGACGUUUUGUCCAGCUUGAAGCACAAACUGGAGGGUUGCCGCUGCCCAGCUUGCUUGCUGCUGGUUUGCUCGAUCAGUAUAAUUUGGUGUGAAAGAUCGAAGACCCAUUUGCCGGUGAACGGUAAUGCGGUGACCCAUUUUGGAUUUAGUUACUUUUCAUUUGGAAUCUGUGUCGUUUUUUGGGAAUUUCAUUUCUUGAGUUGGGAGCUAUUUGACUGUAGAUCAAGAGACCAAAGCUUAUUAUUAUUAUUUUUUAAUAUGUGUUUCGGAGCUUUUUUAAUAUGGGAAAGUAAAUUAGAUUGAGCUUUGCAUUGUCUGGAGGGAUACAUGGGGGGUUAGUACGUUGUGAGAUGCUCAUACUAGUUUGACUAGGUUCUUACUUUGGUGGCCAAUUUCAAGUAAAGAGGAAGCCUUUGAUGAGGGACCGGAGGAACAUAUAUAGAGAGAGAAAACUUGCAACUUUGGAAAUUAUUCUUGUCAUGUUCAAUCAAUGAUGAAUCAAUCAAUUAGGAUAAUGUGCUGUUGUAUGCGAUAGCAUUGUAAAGCAGGCAGAACUUGAAAUAAGUUGGAUCAAAUUGUAUUUGUUUUGAUGGCUUCUAUUAGAAGAACAUUGUCUCCAGUGCCUCGAGCAGGAAUUCCACUAAAUGGGGAAGUCCAUUCAGUUGCUUCUCCAUUGUCCAAGUCCUCAUCUUGUUCUCAGAACUAUCCAUCAUCCAAUGGAUUCUUAUCAUCUUUGGCUGCUUCAUUGGAUUCUCAAGCGUUUGUUCUCGGUGUUUUUUCACCGAGGUCUUCUAGGCCUUUUGAGAAAUCAAAACCCAAGGGGCAAGUCUGGAGAAGGGCGCUUUCCCAUUUCUUUAUUUGCUUCAUGCUUGGAGUCUUUAUUGGGGCUACACCUUUUGCGUCGAUGACUUUAUCCACAAAUCUCAUGUCAAAGCAUCAAGACUUAUCCUUUGAAAUGAUAUCCUCAGUCGGGUUUCAUCAGUUACAUGGUAGUGUAUCCAGAAAUGUGACACCAUUAGAUGGUGGGAAAAUGCAGAAGAAUGUUACAAUGGAGUCACAAGUCAAGGAGUGGGGACCAACAGAAGGCAUCUUAUUAAAAACUAAUAUGCAGAACCAAUCACUCAUUCAAGAAGCAGAUUUGGAGUUCCAAAAGCUUUUGAUAAUCGUGACUCCAACACAUGCUCAUCCAUUUCAGGCCUAUAAUCUGAAUCGUUUGGCACACACGUUAAAAUUAGUCUCACCUCCAUUGUUAUGGAUCGUAGUGGAGAUGACCUCCCAAUCUGCAGAAACAACUGACAUGUUGAGGAGAACUGGGAUUAUGUACAGACAUCUUGUGUGCGAGAAAAAUCUUACUGAUGUAAGAGACAGAAGUGUUCAUCAAAGAAACGUUGCACUUUUUCACAUUGAAACUCACCGUCUUGAUGGAAUCAUCUACUUUGCAGAUGAGGAUAACAUCUACUCAAGUGAUCUUUUUGAGCAAAUGAGGCACAUUAGGCGGUUUGGAACAUGGUCAGUUGCCAAAAUAACGGGUAACAAAAUGCAAGCUGCUAUAGAGGGCCCCGUUUGUAAUGGAACUCAAGUAAUUGGAUGGCAUGCAAUUGAAUCAAGUAUAAGAUUUCAGAGAUUCUAUGCUCAAAUAUCAGGAUUUGCCUUCAAUAGUACUAUACUCUGGGAUCCCAAAAGGUGGCAUCGACCGACUCUUGAACCUAUUAGGCAGCUUGACACAGGCAAUGAUGGUUUCCAGGUGAGCACAUUUAUUGAACAAGUUGUGGAAGAUGAGAGUCAAAUGGAAGGUUUGCUGCAAGAUUGCUCGAGGAUCAUGGUUUGGCAUCGUCAUCAUGAAUCAGUUAAUGCCUUCUAUCCUCACAAGUGGUUCAAGAAGAAUAAUCUAGAUGUCAUUGCUUCACUUACGUGAAUUCUUAAUGUGAAUGGAGUCCAUAUGGAUGGCAAAGUACAGGAGAGACUGAGGAAUACUGUAGGUUGUCCUGCCAGUGUAAAACUUAAUGCAGCUAGUACCUGCUCAGACUGCUCCUAUAAUUCUAGCUGUUUUAGUUGUUCACAAGAUUGAUAAGAGAAUUUUCUCACAUGUACUCAGUUGUUAACUAAAUUAUUUAUUCACUGGUAGAAAGAAGAACAGAAAUAUUGAUAACCCCUCA